AUGAAUAUACCAUCCGUCCAGGAGUCAAUCAUCUACGAUGAGCCUGGCACGAUCUCGACUCGGGUUGUCGAGCACUCGGUGCCUGAACCGGGCUCUGGAGAGGUGCUUAUCCGUCUUACUCACUCCGGCGUUUGCCAUUCUGAUUUCGGCGUCAUGAUGAGCUCGUGGAGCACACUGCCUGCCCCAACACCAAAGGGCCAAGUGGGUGGACAUGAAGGCGUCGGUCACAUAGUUAAACUUGGCCCAGGAGCCGACGUAGAUGGAGUGAAGAUCGGAGACCGUGUUGGAGUCAAGUGGGUGUCGAGCACCUGCGGCAUUUGUCAACCCUGUCAAGCUGGAUCAGACGGUCUGUGUUUUAACCAGAAGAUUUCUGGAUACUUCACACCGGGAACCUUCCAGCAAUAUGUGGUUAGCCCAGCAAACUAUGUGUCGCCAAUUCCCGACAAUCUCGAUUCUGCCGAAGCAGCCCCCAUGCUUUGCGCAGGAACUACUAUGUAUGCUGCUAUCAAACGUAGCAAUGCUCGACCAGGGCAAUGGAUAGUGAUUGCUGGUGCUGGUGGCGGUCUGGGCCAUUUGGGAGUGCAGCUCGCUAGCCGCGGCAUGGGGUUGCGUGUUAUUGGCAUCGAUCACCCGAGUAAGGCUGAACUUGUCCUAUCAUCGGGCGCAGAGCACUUUGUCGACGUCACGCAGUUUCCAAAGGACGUCGAGGACACUGCUUUAUCUUCCCACGUUGCGGCACUGGCAGGCGGACUCGGUGCUCAUGCUGCUAUUGUCUGCACUUCUUCUAACGAAGCUUAUGCUCAUGCCCUACGAUUCCUGCGUUUCAACGGCACUCUAGUGUGCGUUGGGUUGCCAGAGCACGGAACGGACCCUAUUGCCUCUUCCAGUCCUGCAGCGAUAAUUGCCAAACAAUGCAACAUUAUCGGCUCGGCAGUUGGCAAUCGCCAGGAUGCCAACGAAGUGCUUGAGUUUGCAGCUCGUGGAAUCAUCAAGGCUCAUGUACGCAUUGAAGGAAUGCAUUCAUUGACAAAAGUUUUCCAGGAGAUGGAUGAGGGGAAAUUGCAAGGAAGAGUUGUGCUCGACCUGCGAUAG